AUGAUACCACGUUUGUUUACUAGACACUAUGCCAACUCGCUGAGAAGAGUUAUUUGCGGCAACGUAAGAAGAUCUACAUCGUUGACUCCACUGUUGCAGAGACAUUCUUUUACUUCAUCGUCGAUCAGAUUAAACCAAGAUGGUGCCAAUGAUGGAUCUCGCAAAUUGGGUUCCUUCAAAGUCGAUAAGCCAAUGCUCAUGAUAGCUUUCACCUGUAAGAAGUGCAACACGAGGUCUUCACACACAAUGUCCAAGCAGGCUUAUACAGGUGGCACUGUUCUGAUAACGUGCCCUUCAUGUAAGAACAGGCAUCUGAUAGCUGACCAUUUAAAGAUAUUCCGUGAUGAUCACGUCACGAUUGAAGAUAUACUCAAGGCAAAGGGCGAGUCUGUAUCCUCCACAACAGACGAUUUGGCCUUUGAAGACAUACCAAAGGAACUCAGGAAUGUUAUAGGCCAUCAUGCCAAGGACGCCCCAGAAAACUUGAGAGGAAAGCUCGAUAACGAGACUGUUCAUACUCUCCCAGGUUCGAGCAAGAACGAUUGA